CCUCCCCGCCAUCAACUUCCGAUGUCAGGGGCUGCCUGGGAGACGGAGCAGAAAAAGCGGGCAUACCGAAACCUUUAUUGUUUUCUAUAGCGUUAAAACUCCUCAAAGCGCAAACAUUUGACCUAGAAAGUCACAGGACUUCACUCCGAAGGACUGUGACCCUUUUGGGUUUAGCAUCCAGCUCGCGGAAGCGUCUCAUUCAUUCGUCCGUGGCGUGUGUAGCAGCAGGCCUAUUCUUCUGGACUUUGCUACAAGCUAGUCGGCUAACGUUAGCAGGGUUAACCUGUACGAGCACGUUUUGCUUUCUCGAUCCUUCAUGUGUGUUGCGUUGUAAACGCACACAUCCGACUCUUGUGCGCGCGUUUGUUACUCGUUUUCGGUGAAUCCGUCGCAGCACGAGCCGCUCGUUGACGCCGACACGUCGACGCCAAGUCGAGCUAACCGCUCGUGCUUUAAAAAAAAAGUAGCUCAGUUUUGUUGCUAGCUUAAGCUAGCCACCGCCGACUGAACAACGCAGUCCCGGAGAGCGUAACAGGCUUCCACCCAGAGAUGUCGGACUACGACGAGUUUGAGAGACAGCUGUCUGAAAACAAACAAGCCGAACGGGACAAAGAGAACCGCCACCACCGCCGCUCCUCGUCCCGCAGCCGCAGCCGAGAGAGGAAGAGGAGGAGCAGAGACAGGGACAGGCGCAGCAGGGACCGCCGUGGAGACAGCAAGGAGCGGAGACACCGGCGCAGAUCACACGAAAGUAUCACGAAGAUCCCAGAAGCAAGUAAAACGAGCUCACCAUCCAGCUACCCCCAAGACAAAGCUGGAAGCCGCUCCCCCCAUCGUGAGAAGAAGAAGAAGGUGAAGAAGUACUGGGAUGUCCCUCCACCUGGUUUUGAGCACAUCACCCCCAUGCAGUACAAAGCCAUGCAAGCCGCCGGACAGAUCCCAGCCACAGCGCUGCUGCCUACCAUGACCCCGGACGGCCUGGCUGUGACUCCCACCCCCGUCCCUGUGGUGGGCAGCCAGAUGACCCGGCAGGCUCGCCGUCUCUACGUGGGCAACAUCCCCUUUGGCAUCACCGAGGAGUCCAUGAUGGACUUUUUCAAUGCCCAGAUGCGUUUGGGGGGUCUUACUCAGGCCCCUGGGAACCCUGUCCUUGCCGUACAGAUCAACCAGGAUAAGAAUUUUGCCUUCCUGGAGUUCCGUUCGGUGGACGAAACAACGCAGGCGAUGGCCUUUGACGGCAUCAUCUUUCAAGGCCAGAGCCUGAAAAUCCGCCGCCCCCACGACUACCAGCCCCUGCCUGGCAUGAGCGAGAACCCCAGUGUCUAUGUGCCGGGUACACAGACAAUUAAUGGUGUGGUGUCCACAGUGGUGCCAGAUUCGGCUCACAAGCUCUUCAUAGGCGGUUUGCCGAACUACCUGAACGACGACCAGGUGAAGGAGCUGUUGACGUCGUUUGGGCCGCUGAAGGCCUUUAACCUGGUGAAAGACAGCGCCACCGGCCUUUCUAAAGGAUACGCUUUCUGUGAAUAUGUUGACGUCAACUUGAACGAUCAGGCUAUCGCUGGACUGAACGGCAUGCAGCUGGGAGACAAGAAGCUCCUCGUUCAGAGAGCCAGCGUGGGAUCCAAGAACGCCACUCUGACGACCAUAAACCAGACACCGGUGACGCUGCAGGUGCCGGGUCUGAACAGCUCUGUCACCCAGAUGGGCGGCCUGCCCACCGAGGUGCUGUGUCUGAUGAACAUGGUGGCCCCGGAGGAGCUGCUGGACGACGAGGAAUACGAGGAGAUCGUGGAAGACGUCCGGGAGGAGUGCAGCAAGUACGGCCAAGUAAAGAGCAUCGAGAUUCCUCGCCCCGUGGACGGCCUGGAGGUGCCUGGGACCGGCAAGAUCUUUGUGGAGUUCACUUCAGUUUUUGACUCCCAGAAGGCCAUGCAGGGGCUGACAGGAAGGAAGUUUGCCAACAGGGUGGUCGUGACAAAAUACUGCGAUCCAGACGCGUAUCACCGCCGGGACUUCUGGUAGAUUGGGGUGGGGUGUAUUAAAAAAAAAUGGGGGGGGGGGGGGGGGGGUGUUAUGUAAAUUGCCCGUUUCCAGACCAGCCCUCGGAGUAAUUUGGUUCGGCAACAUUUCAGGUAGAUCUUUGACUUUUAAUCAUUUGACAAAUGUAUUCUGUGAUAUCCAGCUUAUUGUUUGAGAUCUACGUGACAUGUCCACCUGUUGAAACCCGUAUCUGUGAUUGUAAGGGGAGGAGGGACGGGGUUUAUAACGAAUAGGUAACACGAGGCUAGGGUUGGGUGCUAGUAGCGUAGCCGGGCGGGUGGGGAAGCCAUCAAGAUUUUUGAGAAACGUGGGGAUUAAAAAAAAAAAGGGUCAGGGAGUGGGGUUU